AUGGUAGAGGAUGCUGAAGUUUCAGUGGUAACAGCCGUGAAUCAAAAUGAAGGGAGCGUUGGCGAUUCGUUAGCGUCCUAUUUGCCAAAAGUUGAUCAGUUUUAUAUUCCGGAAUGGUUAACAAUGCAGUUUAUAGCGAAUAAUUUGAUCAGUUUUACUCCUUUGUUUUCCUAUGGGUCGACUAUUAUUAGCAUACAGCAGUCACAGACGGCGCUGGGGUUUUCCAUCGAUAUUUGUGCCACAAUGCUGAUUGCGAGCAUACUGAGAGUAUCGUAUUAUUUAAUCACACCUUAUGAAAUAACGCUUUUGAGACAGGCGUUGGUUAUGAUUUUCAUUCAAUUGAUACUUUUAAAAACUACAUUGAAUUUUCGCCCAGAUGAGUAUAAGUAUAAUAAUUUACAUGAUGUUGAAUCAUUUACUCAAUUAGUUCACGAUGUGUGGUUUGAAUAUUUCAGCACUUCUAAACCACCAAUGUUUAGCGAAGACUGGAAACUAAUGCUGAAAUCAUUAUCUUUUAGGAAUCUCGCUGGUUUCAGCUAUAAGAUAUUAUUGGUGUUUAUUUAUAAAUUUUUGAAAUUUUUUGAUCCGAGCUACAAAAGGUUCAAAUCAUUCUGGCAAUGGGAUAAUGAUAGAGCAUUUUGGAAAUUUUUAAUGAUUUUUGCAACUUUGCAGUUAUUACUAACCUUUGUAAUAUCAAAGGUAUUCAAUUGGGAAAGUUUAUCUGAAUGGAUGGGCUCUUUAAUUGGCUCGUUGGGGUUAUUGAUCGAAUCACUUCUGCCCUUACCUCAAAUUGCUAUCCUCUAUAAAUUGAAAUCUGUUCAAGGUUUCAAAUUGAUUCUACUGGUAAGUUGGCUUUGCGGUGAUACUUUGAAAAUUACAUAUCUGAUAUUUGGGGCUAACAAUAUUUCAAUAAUAUUUCUCGUGUUUGCACUUUUCCAAAUGUCUCUAGAUUUUUACAUUGGUGGUCAAUAUAUUUAUUAUAGGUUCUAUUACGAUUCUAUGAGAUCCGAUCAGAGCUUCUUGGAGCAGCUUGACAACGAUGGCAACCGUGAAGGUAUUGAACUCGAUAAUUUUAGCUUAUCUUCCAAUUCAGCGAAUGAUUCCUCAAGUGAAAGCAAAUCAGCUUCUCAAUAUUCAACCAAGAGAGAAAGAGCACAUACUUUCUCAGUAUAG